AUGAAUACUGCGGGAGGAAUGAAACCUCAAGGAAGAGGAACUCAGGCACGGGUAUACUCUCUCAUGCCCGGAGGAGAAGAAGAAGAAGGAGUCGAAGGUGAUGAAGAGGAUGUGGAUGUAAUAACAGGUACCAUUCCUUUAUUUGGUAAAGUGGGAAGCACUCUUUUUGACUCAAGUGCAACGUAUUCCUUCAUAUCAUCUACAUAUGUUAAAUUAUGUAGCAUGACUUCUCAACCCUUGAACCAAAACAUAACCGUAUCAACACCUACUGGGAAUGUAGUUACUUGUAGAAAAUUUAUUGAGAACUGCCCUAUUGUCAUAGGAGAUAGAGUCCUACCAGCAAAUCUAGCAGUGUUUCAAAUGUUAGGUUUUGAUGUAAUUUUAGGAAUGGACUGGUUGUCAAAGAACUAUGCCAAUAUUGACUGUAGAAAGAAAGAAGUUAUCUUUCGCUCUCCAAGCGAAGAAGAAUUCAAAUUUUGUGGAUCUCGAGUACGAGCCACUCCACCUCUUCUUUCUGCAAUUCAAGCAAGGCGGAGCAUUAGCUGUGGUGCGCAAGCAUUUUUAACUUAUGUCAAGGCUGAGCCGGAAGGAGAACAUAAGCUGGAAGAUAUACCUGUAGUGCGUGAAUAUCCAAACGUUUUUGCCGAGGUCUUAACUGGGUUGCCGCCUGAUCUAGAGAUCGAGUUCACUAUCGAUCUGAUGCCAGGAACUCAACCCAUUCAUAAAGCACCAUACCAUAUGGCGCCAUCAGAAUUGAAGGAGCUAAAGAAGCAACUUGAAGACUUGGUAGACCGGGGUUUUACCCUAGCGUCUCACCAUAGGGAGCACCCGUUCUGUUUGUAA